AUUCGGUUAAAUCUUUUAAAUUUCAUGGAAUGGAUUUGAACUUGAGAUUAUUCUAUGUGCUAAUUUCGUGCUUCCUCUCCACUAUUGCUGUUUUCACUUUACGACGUGGGUUGUCACCAGCACCUGGCGACCCGUCAGACGGAAAAGUUGUUCAGGUUUCUUGUUCAAAGUUUGCACUUUCUUUGUCGCUGGGAAUGGAUUAUGUGCCGCGGCCUACUGUAGUCCCGUUUCAAGGGUUCAACGCAUCCGAAGAUGGUCAGGCGCUUCGCGCCGCCAUGAAAGGUUUCGGGACAGACGAACAAGCAAUCAUUGAUAUUUUGACCGCCCGCAGCAACGACCAGAGGCAACUCAUUAAGAAAUACUUUCUUGAAGAAUAUGGGCGAGACCUAAUUGAAGAUUUGAAAAGUGAACUUGGUGGGAAGUUUGAGGACGUGAUCGUCGGUUUGAUGUCGCCUCCAGACGAAUAUUUGUGUAAACAACUGCAUAAGGCUAUGGCGGGAAUAGGAACCCACGAAGAGGCACUUGUUGAAAUCGUAUGCACUAAGUCGAAUGAGGAGAUCCAGCGGUUGGUUAACAAAUACGAGGAAAUGUACGACCGGCCACUAGCCGAGCACUUGUGUAGUGAAACUUCCGGUCAUUUCCGACGAUUUCUAACACUCGUUGUAACCGGGGUGCGAGAUGAUGCUAACGUGGUGGAUCCGGAAAAGGCGCGCGAACAAGCAGAAUCUCUAUAUGCGGCGGGAGAAGCCAAGCUUGGAACCGACGAGGAGGUGUUCAAUCGAGUGAUGGCCCACGCGAGUUUUGCACAACUGCGUUUGGUCUUCGAGGAGUACAAGAACCUCUCGGGGAUGACCAUUGAGCAGGCUAUCAAACACGAAAUGAGUGGUGAACUCCAUAACGCCAUGAUGGCUGUUGUGGAAUGUGUGCAGUCGCCCCCGGCAUUUUUCGCUCGGCGGCUUUUCAAAGCCAUGGAUGGCAUAGGAACUGACGAUACUACUUUGAUCCGAAUUAUAGUGAGUCGGUCGGAAAUCGACUUAGGAAACAUUAAAGAUGAAUUCGAGCGAAUGCAUGAUCGCACACUUUUGAGUGCGGUGAAGUCGGAAACUUCAGGCGAUUAUAAACGAGCGCUAUGUGCAUUAAUUGGAUGUGCUUGAACUUCUUGUCCGUAACCGUCCUAUGGCGUCGAGGCCUUAUAACUACAACUGUGAAUCUCCCUUAAGAACCAGUGUCCCUAAUUGUCUUUUUGCUUGUAACUAUUAGAGCUAAAUAAAAACACUCCAUUUUGUUGAGUAAACCGUA